GCGUCAGUGCCAUGACAACAGGACGAUGGCUGCAAGCAAGAGGGUGAGAAAUGUGAUUUCUGUGUGAACCAGGAGUACCAAACCAUCGGCUUUUACGGACUGGCUCGUGUACGUGAAGAGGAAGCAUGUCUCUCUUCAAGGCCCGUGAUUGGUGGUCAGCAACGCUUGGCGAGGGGGAGGAGUUUGACCAGGGAUGCCUCUGUGUCGGCGACGUGGACAACAGUGGCACCGAACAUGACAAGGUGGUGGUGGGCAGCUACAUGGGGAUGCUGAGGAUAUUCUCCCCACAUGCCAAUAAGACCAGUGAGGGAGCUCUGGUCGAGGCCCUGCUUCUCGAAGUCCAGCUCCAAAAUGCCAUCAUCCAGGUGGAAGUGGGCAAGUUUGUGUCGUGUUCAGAUCUUCUUCAUCUGGCUGUUCUUCACCCCAGGAAGUUGUCAGUCUUCUCUGUUUCAGGAACUGCAGGGAACGUGGAGCACGGUGACCAGUACCAGCUAAAGUUGGUUUAUGAACACAAUCUGCAGAGAACAGCCUGCAACAUGACCUACGGCACCUUCGGAGGGGUCACAGGUCACCACUCCCUGUGUAUCCAGUCUAUGGACGGGAUGCUGAUGUUCUUUGAGCAGGACAGCUACACAUUUGGCAGGUUCCUGCCUGGUUUCCUGAUUCCCGGCCCAUUGGUCUACAACUCCAGAACAGACAGCUUCCUCACCGUUUCCUCUGCACGCCAGCUGGAGAGCUACAAGUAUGAGACUCUGGCAGUGGCUACAGAGGCAGAGAGUCGACAGGAUCCUGAUCUGCCCCUCAAGACUGGAGGCAAAAGGCUGACGCCUGACUGGACGUUUGUCCUGGGAGAACAGGCCCUGGACCUCUGUGUGCCCUCCCUCUCCCACUACUCCUCCUUCAUCUUCAUUCUGGGUGAGAGGAACCUCUACUGUCUCCGGGACAGCGGCCAGAUCCGCUUCAUGAAGAAGCUGGAGUUCAACCCCAGCUCCUUUCUGCCCUAUGCCUCAGUGACAGAUGGCACGACCAACCUGUUGCUAGGUAAUCACACCAACAUGCUGCUGGUUUACCAGGAUGUGACUCUAAAGUGGGCGGCGCAGCUUCCCUUUGUGCCCGUGUCCAUUCGCGUCGCCAACUUCCCGGAGAUAAAAGGAGUCGUGAUCAGCCUGAGCUCUGAUGGUCAUCUCCUGUGCUCCUACAUGGGUACGGACCCCUCCUUCUUCUCCACGCCCAAGGUGGACGCCAGGGAGGCCGACUACGAGCAGGUGGAUGCUGAGAUGAAGACGCUGCAGAAGUUCAUCAGAGAGGCCACCAGGACUCAGGACAUCCUGGCUAAAACCGAUGCUGAGGAGGACCUGAUUGUUACAGUUGCUGUGUCCUCCAGCAUGGACAGCCCAUCGCAAGCUCUGAUCCAAGAUAUCGAUGGUCUGACCGUCCCUUCAGUAACUGUUCAGUUAAAGGUGAAGGCCCGUUGUGUUGUACAGUCCUCUAAGAUGACCGUCGGCAUUCAGCCUCCUCUGGCCGUCACUCAGGAAACAUUUGUUUUGGAACCCAUGGGUGCUGGUUCCUCAACAGUUGUGGCAUUUUCGGCUUUCCUCAACGGCCGCUACCCCGCUGCUGACUUGACUGGAGACAUCACUGUGUCCUUCAGCUUACCGACAGGAGUUCCCAGGGUUCUCCAGUCCAAGUUCAGUCUUCCUUUGGCAUUGGUGUGUGUUCCUACCUCUCCAGCCAAAACCACCAAGUUUAAGAUUACUGUGGACACCAACCAGCCACCAGUCAACCUCAACUCCAUUUUCCCAGAGUUUUCAGCUAAAUCAGAAGAUAAGGAUGGGAAUAGUUUGGCUUUCCAGUUCCUGUCAGGAGCCAAGGUUACCGUGGUGGCCUCCAAGACCUCCCAGCGUUACCGAAUUCAGAGCGACUGUUUUGAGGACAUGUGGCUGGUAUUGAAGGAGUUGGUCCAGAGAUUCGACAAGCAUUUCUCCAAACUGGGAGUCAAAGACUUCAAGAAAAGCUUCAGUGGGCCGCUCCCUAUGCAAGAGUACUUCCUGUCUGUAGACCACCACUUCCAGCUGCGUGUCAGUGCUCAGCAGUACCAGGAUCUGCUGUCCGAGCGGGCUGUCCAAUUCAGAGCCAUCCAGCGCCGCCUGCUGACUCGAUUUAAAGACAAAACCCCGGCACCACUGCAGAACCUGGACACACUGCUGGACGCCACUUACAGCCAGGUGAUGGCGCUGGCGGAGGCUGCGGAGGACAACCGAGCACAGCUGGAGGAGGCAUUUGUCCGCCUGCGGAGCGCCACGCACCUGCUGGUGCUGCUGCUGUCGCUGUCGCAGGGCCUGACCCCCGACCAGACGGCCAUCCUGGAGGCCACGCUGCUGCCGCUGCUGCAGGACACUCCACAGCUGGGCUGGGAGGAGAGCUGCGACGCUGCCGUCUCCCACCUCCUGCGGAGCUGCCUUUCGCGGAGCCCCAAGGACCAGGCCACGUCUCUAGCCCAGGCAGGAGGCCCCGUGCUGGGCCUGCCCCGCGACACCGCCCGCCUCAAGAAACACAUUACCCUGAUGUGCGAUCGCAUCAGCAAGGGAGGCCGCCUCACCCUGGCCUCUGAGGCCAACGUCCCUGUCCCUGUCCAGAUCCAGAACCUGGCCAUUCCCGGAGGUGUUGAGCCCAUUGCAGAGGUGGCUGGUGACGGGGAGGAGCUGGAACUUCCACCGGAAGUCACCAAGUUUGUCAAGAAGAAACAUGCAUCUAAGAAAGUCAAGAAAGAUAAAGACAACGUGAAAGAAGAAGCGGGAGGUGCAGAGGAGCCCGUCAAGGAGGCCAAAAAGGACAAGAAGGAGUCAUCCAAGGAGAAGAAGGAAUCGAAGAAGGAUUCCAGCAAAGAGCCCAAGGAGGAGGCGAAGAAGGAGUCCAAGAAGGAAUCGUCUUCCUCCAAGGAGAAGAAGGAGUCAUCCAAGGAGAAGAAGGAGAAGGACAAAGACAAGGAAGGGAAGGAGUCAGGGGACAAGAAAGUCUCCAGGAAGUCAUCUGUAAAAGUGAAAGAGAAGAAGAAGGAGCCAGAGGCUGGCGAGGGCUGACGAGAGCAAUGCGAUAAACUCGCAUGAUAUGCAUACACAUGACAUACAUAAACACAAGAUACGUGUCUAAACAUCAGGCACAUAUACACACACCAGGGGCUCACACAUAUAAACAUACAUACAUGGAUAUACAGUGAACAUGUAAACAUAUACAAGGUCACAGAACUCAACACACACACACACACACAUGCACACAUUCACAUAUGCAGUCCUAAUACAUGUAAAUAUUCUCUGUCAAGCUACAUAUACGCCAGUAGCAAAGCAGUCCUCUCAGAUGCAUAUUUACAUCGUCCAGUAAUAGCUGAUACACACACGCACACACACACACACACACACACACACACACACACACACACUUUCUGUGUCUCUGCGCUGCUGCUGCUGAACCACACACCACAUCCACCAGUUUUGGUGUGUGUGAGCGCGCUGGGCAACUGUGGUGAGGUCUGAGCCUGAGAAGAGCGAGGACGAAGUUUGAACUCCUCCUCCUCCUCUGCUCAGACAUUUUGCUGACUCUCUGCUUCCUACUCCAUCCUCCUCCGCGCCUUCGUCGUCUAGCCUCAGCAGCAGUUGAACCCACAGCCCUGCGCCUCCCUAAUCCCAGUCAGACCCCAAACCAUCCCUCUCAGCCCACGCAGACUUGUGGACGUGACGUCAGACCCGCCCUCUCGCCCCCACCGGUGGCACCAGGCCUCGCCAGAGCCUCCCCCGCCUCGCCGCUAAGAAUAAAUGGCCCGCCGCGUCCAGCAGCCCCGCUGCUUCCGGGUAAAUCAAGGCCACAUCCUACAGCCGCCGCCACCGCCGCCACCACCACCCCCUCUGACCUCUUCCAGUCAGUUUUUUAUUUAUUUUUUUAAAUCUGGGACACUCAAGGACACGCGGCUGCUGAUGGACGCAUACUUGGUGCUGCGGGGUCGAACCUGAGACUGUUUUUGGUUUUUGGUGGAAACCAACAGGGCGUUUUCUGGAAAAAGCAGUGUGGCUAUCAGAAGCGGAGAAGAGCCUGCAGGGCCACUUUAACACCCAAGGCUUUUUCUGCUCAUCUUCAAGGACAUCACAAAGGGGAGGCUAGAUAUUAAUUACACUCCAAGGCACUUGUGUCCUCUGUAACAUCAGCAGCAUAUUUAACAAGUGACCUACGAUCCAGUCGGAAGUGGUAGCCUAGGAUGACCAUUACUAGUGCCAGAGGAAGAACAGCAAAUUCUUUUUUUUCCCUUUUUCAGCAGCAAAUAAACAUAGGUUUACUGUAGGUGAACAGCGUGCACAGGGUGUUUAUUUGGUACCACAGGGUAAGUUAGUAAAAGUAAUAGUUUAAACAAAAGUUAAAAUAUCAGUUCACUCAAAUUGAAGCAAAGCAACAUAUUUUCUUAUUUUUAGUGGUAUCAAGCCAUGCAGACAGAUGGUGUUUGGUUUGUGCAUGUUCUGAGUAAAGUAUCAAUUAUUGAAAACUAUCUUUCUCUAUCGAAAGUUGGCAUCAAAUGACAACUAGUCCUUUAUGUUAGUUUUUUACUGAUCUUAUUUUGACAACAUUUCAAAUUUGAGAAGGUAAGCAAGAGUUCGAAAGGGUUUAGGGAGAAAAAAAACAAACCUGUUCCAUGAGUUUUGAUAUUAGUGUUGUAUUGUCUAAAAUGUCUAACAAAAAAGACCCAGUUUUGUUUUGAGAGAUCCAUCGCUGAGGUUUCUGCAUCCUCUCCAAUACAACUUUUGUGGAGUUGACAACACUGAACAUUUGUAAUUUAAAGAGUUCAACAGCGUAAUGUCUUUCCAGAAACUGCUGCCACCCUGUAAACAGACGUGUCACCAACUAUCUUUUACUGUAGAACGCAAUUCCAGUUAAAACUUUGUUCUGUGGAUUAUCCAAUGUAAGUUUUUGGAAAGACAAGCUGCUACUGAGUUCAACUGUAACUGUGUUGUACCAUUGGGCAGAAUGAUCUCAUGAAGAUGAAAUUCAUAUGCCGCUUUGGCGUGUUAUCAAGACGCAUAAUCGCUUUUUAGCGUGUUUAUCAACGCCGUUCGGCCACCGCUGAUGUACAUUACGUGUGAAAGGAUGUAAGUCCGCAGAGCGAGGUUGGUUGGGGUGGCAGAUGGGUAAAACACAGGACAGUCACCUAGGAGAGCCGGGAUCGA